GGACAAACACCGCCCCCGCAAGUGUGCUGCGCCAUUCGUUUCGUGAAGGAGGCCGAGCAGGAGAAACAGGAGGAGCAUCAAGUUUGUAUCUAUGCGAAAAUAACUAACCAUUUACAUUGGCGAAUGAGUAUUCUGGGCGCCGUUCGGGACGAACUGAAAUCCCCUCCGCAACGUUCAUCGAUACUGAACAGACAUCGAAGCCUACGCUCCUGAGGGGACGGAGUCGUAGCCAUAGGGUCAAACGGUACUGCAAUGUCUCAAUUGAGUGCGACAGCCUUAGCGGCGGUUUUGACUGGGAUUGGAGUAGCCUGGCUAGGGACCGUCGUCGUUCUCGUCGUCGUCAUCAUUCGAGCGAACCAAAGACACAAGCGGGACCUGCGGGAUAUUGAAGAAAGGGGAGUCGUGCUUGCCCAGUCGCAUGCAGAAGAACGAAAGCAGCAAAAAUUGGCGCGACCGCGCGCAGUUCUCCGGCGCAACGCAAUCCUGCCGUUCAACGCAAAGUCAGGAUGGGGAGCAUUGCGUUCUGUCGACUCUGUCAACUCGGCUCAGACACCACUUCAAGACCCUCCUCACUAUGUCCCUCAAAGGCCGUCACGUCCCAGGAAUCCCAGGCUUUCGUGGCCUUUCUCAGCGCGUCGAGCCUCAGGAAACUCUCUCCAGAUGAAAAAGAUGCGAGUCUCUGUCUUGUCAACAGUCAUUGAGAGCCCCAAACCGUCACCACUGGUCCCCAUAUUGAGCAGAUCAUCACUUGGCGGAGACACUCCAUCGCCAAAAAAGAGUGGAAGUCGUCCCAGCUCCGACCAGUCUCUGCUUCAGCAUCAUCCUGCACUUCGAAAUGUACUACAAGAAGGACGAUCGCAUGCUCUCACUGCACGACAGCCGGAGCCUAUCCGUAGGAGCUUGACCACCAAAGACGUCUCAAGAACGGAGCCUGCUGUGCGGCCCAACCGUUCAAAAUCUGUCGCGGGGAUUCCCAUGACAGAUAGGAAUAGCAAGACGUCUCAAUUGACACGUCCUCUCUCCCACGACAGAGCAGCGAGCGCGUGCAGCCAGACUUCAGGCCAUGUGCCGAAUGCCCCCAUACCGCCGCUACCAUUGGAGGUUGCGCGUCUAAAGAGCCAGGAACGGAGGCGCAGCCAACUCUCACGCAGUCCUUCCCAUGUGUCAGUGUCGAGUCAAGGAUCUGCUGGGAGUUCAAUUUUGGCAGCUCACUCCAGCCCUAUCUUCCCCCGCUCCCGAAACUUUCGCCUACACGCCGUAUCCAAGCGAGAUUGGAGGAGCUCAACGAUGGUGGGCCCCAGGGCGCAGAAGGAGGUAUCUCAUGGGAGAAACCAGCCCUCGCAAGGCUCCAUACGGAGCAGUACUGCUCGUCUCAGCGUGGAAACCGCCUCCGAUGCGCGACGGUCACAAGCCGAGAGCAGGAGCUCUACCAUCACCAGUGGGUCCAGCACCCAAUCUGUCCGAGUUAAGACUGCAGAAUCGGUGACGCUCAGUAAAUUCUCAACUCCAUCCUGUAGCCCAGUUACUGUACGAAGCUAUACACCUCGGCGCAAGUCUGGACCGCAGGUCACAACUUAUGGAUCGCCUGAAGAACGCCAUAAGACGCCUGCAUUUCUGCAGAACGGCGCUGGGAAUUCCAGCGUAUUGCAGCGCCAGUUAUCUCAAGCAUCCACCCAGGCCUCCUCAACUCGAAGCAGUAAUGGCAAUCCCUUUCAAUGGGACCCUUCGCCGCUAUCUUCAGGAAAGCCGUCCGCGAUGAAAGGAAGCCCAAGUGCAAGGAAGGGGCAUCGACGACAAAACUGUGUGCGAAUCUCACUCGCACCAACCAUCCUCGGACCGCCUAGCAGAUCACCGAGCCCAUCCGUAAUGAACGACAUACAGGAGGAAUCCCGAAUGCUUCUUCGGAGAAGAGAAGCAGCAUCGGCCUUGGAUUUUCCAGCACUAGAGCGCUCCCUCGGCCACCAAGCAGCUCAACCUUUGCACCAGAUCUUAAGCUCACAACUGCAUCGCUUCGGGGUUCCCUGACUCCUCGCUCAUCCGCGCU